CUAUAAACCACAUAAAAAUUUCUUCUUCCAAAUUACUGUAGUCGUUAAUCUUUCUUCUCAAUCUUCCCCUCUCUCCAAUUCAGGUUCUUUCAUCACCCUCUCUUUUCUGCUGUAAUCAUACUGUAUAUAUCCCCUACCUUCAAUUUUUAAGCACCUUUUAAUUCGUGAAAGAAUAGCUGGGAUUUUGUUUUUCUGUGCAUAUUGUUUGAUUUCUGGGGUUUAAUCUUCCGGUUCAUAUAGACUCGGAGGUGUUUUAAGCUGUUCGGUGUGUUAAUUUAUCAAUCAGGGUUUCGCGUUAAUUUGGAAUUUGGGGAUUUGUAUAUUAUGGGUUUUUGAUUGUUGUUGAAUUAAGUUUGGAUCUUCGUUACCUUUUCCCUCUUUGGUUACCAGCAAGUAUAAUUAAUCCAGUUUUCCCACAAAAGAGAUUCCUUCAAUUCGAUACUCAUCCGUUCACGGGAAUCAAUCCAGUAAAUUAGGGUUCUUGAUUCCGCUAAUAUCGAGGGUGUCAUAAUUCCAAGUUUGAGCUAAAGAAAGUCGUGUUUGAUUUGGGGGUUUUCUUUCUACUUUCAGUCUUGUGAAAAUGGUGGAAUCAAUUUCUGCGACAUCCCUUUUAGGGCAUAGACCGAUUUUAGGGCAUUAUUGGAAGGAUUCUUUGGGUAAACAUGUUGCAGUGAACCCUAAUCGAUCCCCUAGGGUUCGUGUAAUCAAAGCCCAAGCAAUGGAGUUGACUAGGGAGGUGUAUAAUUUCCGAGAAGAAGAUCGAUUUCGGAAGAAUUCUGAUCACCAAAUCGAUACAAACCUGGAUAAAAAAUCUGGGUUGUGGCCACCAAAGAACAAGGCUGAUAACCCAUCGUUACAAAACCCGUUACUCCGGCAAGAACGAAUGGGUUGUGGUUGGUUAGGUGCUAUAUUUGAAUGGGAAGGAGUUUUGAUCGAAGAUAACCCCGAUCUCGAGAAGCAAGCGUGGCUCGCACUUUCUCAAGAAGAAGGAAAAUCCCCACCUCCGGCGUUCUUGCUUCGAAGAAUCGAAGGCAUGAAAAACGAGCAGGCCAUCUCCGAGGUUCUAUGUUGGUCGCGAGAUCCGUUUCAAUUGAAGCGUAUGGCUUCAAGAAAAGAAGAGAUUUAUCAAGCACUCCAAGGCGGGAUCUACAGAUUUCGCAACGGUUCCCAGGAAUUCGUGAACGUUUUAACGCGUUACAACAUCCCAAUGGCCUUAGUUUCGACUCGGCCAAGAAAGAACCUCGAGGAAGCCAUUGGUGCCAUCGGAAUAACCGGCGUUUUCGACGCGGUUAUAGCCGCAGAGGACGUUUAUCGAGGGAAACCCGAUCCUGAGAUGUUCGCAUACGCAGCUCAGCUCCUGCAGUUCAUACCCGAAAGGUGUAUUGUGUUUGGCAAUUCAAAUCUGACCGUAGAAGCGGCUCACGAUGCCAAAAUGAAGUGUGUGGCUGUGGCUAGCAAGCAUCCAGUUUACGAGCUUAGUGCUGCGGAUUUAGUGGUGAGAUGGCUGGAUGAGCUUUCGGUAGUUGAUUUGAAGAAUCUUGCUGAUAUUGAAUCUUCUGAGUUUGGAGCCGAGCCAGAGGUAGAAAUGGAGUUGGAAGCAGAAGAAGAUGAUGCACAACCUUCUUCCAGGGUGGCCAUGGAUGACCAUGAUUUCUGGUAAUAAUUCUUUCAAAUAUGUACAGGAAUUGAUGGUUUUAAUCUAAUCUUGAUGAAAAUUAAAAAAGAAAAGGGGGGUGGUCUGCAUUGGAUCACCAUUUAUAGGGUGGUCAUGGUGUAUGUAUGUAUGUAUGUAUUGUCAUGUAUGUAUGUAUGUAUAUAAAUAUUUUUGUUUUUUAAGGUUGUUUUAGUUUCUGUACUUGGUUAUUUUGUUGUGGUUUGAAUCAAACUCUAAAAUGUACCAAGAAGCCUUGUUUUCUUUAGGGUCUUAUAAGAUCAG